AUCAACCAAACGUCGCUUUGUGGGGAAAAGGGACCUUCGGUCCGGGGUUCUCCCGCGGUUUGAUGCGGUUUGAUGCAGUUUGAUGAGAAGUGUUUUAUUUGUUAGGUGAUAAAACGAAUUGUUGCUUUUGAUCUGUACAGGUGUAGUAGUUUCCAAUUGCUUCUCGAGUUCGGAAUAAUUUUUUCUUACAAACGAUUCUGCAUCGGGCGAAAAAUCGUCAUUUUAUGGCACUGGCGAUUGAUUACAACUGACACGAGAGGAUGGAGACAGAAAACGAAACAGUGUUUACGCCUAGAGCGUAUCAAAUAGAUCUCUUUGAAAGGGCACUGCGAAAUAAUACAAUACUCUACUUACCAACCGGUGCGGGCAAGACAUACAUUGCUAUUAUGCUCCUGAAGCAUCUAAGCGGAGAUAUACGCAAACCUUAUCGGGAAGGUGGUAAACGCACUAUAUUCACUGUAAACACAGUAGCACUGGUAACACAACACGCAGAAUACAUAUGCAGACAUACAGGCCUAAAUUGUAAAGGUUACAGUGGAGACAUGCAGGUGGAUUUUUGGAAAGAACUACAAUGGUCAGCGGAAAUAGAAGAACACGAAGUUCUAGUAAUGACAUCACAAAUCUUCCUGAAUCUACUUACACAUGGAUAUAUGAAGUUAGAUAGAGUAAACUUAAUAAUAUUUGACGAAUGCCAUCGAGCCGUGUCUAAUCACCCAAUGAGACAAAUUAUGCAACAAUUUGAAAAUUGGCCGAAGGAAAAUCAUCCACGUGUCUUAGCUAUGUCAGCAACAUUAUUGAAUGCUAAUAUAAAAGCAGAGAAGAUUGAACAAACAAUUAGGUCUCUAGAAAUAACUUUCCAUGCGAAGAUAGCGACGGUAGACUCGUCAGAUUGUAUUCAAGGCUACUGUACAAAUCCAAAAGAAGAGAUCAUUAAGUAUAAGAAACAUCCAGUUCCAGAAGUACUGGAAAAAAUAAAUUCUAUUGUAAACACAAGUAUAGAAAUUGUAAAAAAUGUGAAGCUUAAUUUGGAUCUUAUAUAUAAUGAAUCCAGUGAACCAAUGCGACCUAAAUCAAAAUCUUCCAAACUGAAGGCUAUUUUGACAGAUAUAGCAACGACUACAUCACACACCGGCAUAUAUGGUGGAAGCAAAUCUGCUUUGCUGCAUUUAAUUCAGCUAGAAAGUUUAAAAAAAUAUUCCGAUGACCAAAUGACGGAUAAUAUUCUGGAUUACUUAAUUACACAAGUAAUGAUAAUGAGGAAACUAUUCGAUAAUGAGAUGAAAAAUCAUACAGAAUUAGAACAAUUGUACAAAUUUUCAUCCAACCAAAUGCAUAAAUUAUUUAAAAUAUUACUUGAAUAUGGUAGUAAAUCAAGCAAAAACAAGUUCUGCUGCAUUAUUUUUGUCAAGGAAAGAUUUAUGACACAAGUGAUAUAUCAUAUAUUGAAAAUACUAUCUACACGCGAUAAGCAAUACAGUUUUCUUUUGCCUGAUUACGUGCUCGGCUUUCAGAAUAAUCCUUAUAAAAAUAGUAAAGAAGUUUCGUGUAUUGCAAAAUGGAAUAAGGAAGUGUUGCAAAGAUUUAAAAAUGGUUCGAUAAAUUGCAUUGUAUCAACCGAUGUUGUCGAUGAAGGUAUCGAUAUACCUACAUGCACGUUAAUAAUACGAUAUGAUAUGCCAAUGGAUUUUAGAGCAUAUGUUCAAAGUAAGGGUCGGGCACGCCACAGCUCGAGUAGUUUUAUAAUCUUAGUACAAGAUGAUGAUGUAGACUUUCUUCAAAGAUAUUAUCAUUACCAAAAGACGGAAAUGCAUUUGAAAAAGAUUUUGAUGGGACAAAGUGAACAACGCACAUUGCCUACACAAGAUGACAUUAUAAAAUGUCUAUAUACUGAUUUUGAAAUCAUGCCAUACGUAGUGAAACGUAAUGAUGUUGUGGAAUGUUCCAUAUCAGAGAUAGCUGCGAUUAAUUUAAUAAAUAUGUAUUGCAGUACUUUACUUAAAUCUAAAUUCAGUUGUCUGGUUCCAAUUUGGAAGUUAUAUGAAGGGAAAUCUGGUGACAUGACAUUAUAUAUGAUUUCACUAAAAUUACCAAACUUGUCGCCAUUGAAAACUGAAGUUUAUGGUGAUUAUAUGAAGAGUAUAGAAGGUGCUAAACGAUCUGCUGCUAUGAAGACUUGCAUAAAAUUGCACGAAGCAGGUGCAUUGACAGACAAACUAUUACCCGCAACUGACGAUGAAGUCACGGAAAAUUCGGAUUUUUUGUGUCCAAAUUGGAUAGACGAAGACAAUUAUUUAUCUGGCACAUAUAAGAAAAAGCGAGAACAUAAGCUAGAGCAUCCGCUAGCGUUUUAUGGUGCAUACCCACAACCGGAACAGUCAUUAUACCUUCAUGUUAUCAAUUUUACUUCUACUUAUCCUGUAACGAGCUGCGAUAAUAGACGCAUAGUUUUUUAUAAUUUGCUAAAUGACAAAAGUGGCUUUGGUAUUCUUUCCACAAAGAGUUUGCCAAAGAUACCCUCGUUUCCGAUUUUUAUGAAGGAUGGUCAAUUAAAUGUCAAUGUAAUAUCUGACUAUACAACGAUAAUAUUGAACAAUGAUGACAUCGAAUUGCUUAAGAGAUUUCAUUUCUUAUUGUUCACUAAUAUUAUUUCUGUUAUUAAAAGCUUUAUGAUUUUCGAUAAUCACAAUCUUGAAAAUUCCUUCUUAAUUGUUCCAUUGAAUAAACAGCAGAAGAUAAAUUGGGAGGCUGUUGCAACGUAUCAAAAUUUAGAACGAAUUCCGCCGUAUAAGCCUUUUCACUUUAAAUCUAGCGAUUAUGAAUUAGCGUUGGUUACUCCAACUUACAGAGGAUCAGCGGUCUAUGUAGUCACGCAAGUGUGUGACGACCUUACACCUAAAUCAUAUUUUCCCAAUGAAGAUUUUGAUACGUAUCAGCAUUAUUAUAACGAAAAACAUGGAUUGACUAUAGACAAUCUAAGGCAGUCUAUGUUGGAAGUGAAGCCAAUACCAGUCAAAAUUAAUUAUAUAAAACCGAGAAAAUUGCCCGAAGGUCCGGUGAAGUAUAAGAAAACGGAUGACACAGUGGAGGAUCUUCAGGAACAUCUAGUUCCAGAACUAUGUAUGAGGAUAAAUUUCCCAGUUGUAUAUUGGUUAAAAGCUACUACGUUGCCUUCCAUUCUGCACAGAAUUUGCCAAUUCUUAAUCGCGGAAGAUUUGAGAGUAACUAUUGCAAGAGAGACUAAAUUAGGAGCAUUAACAUUAAAAGAGUUGUCUCCCUUAAAUAUAGAAGAGGAUGACGAGAAAUUGAAUGAAGACGACUAUUGUAAUGGAUUAGAAUUGACGGAUGAUAUAAUCGAGAAAACGCAAGAUCAAACAUAUUCAGACUCGAACGUGCUUGAUUUCGAUAAUCCUUUCUCGAGGGAUCAAGAACCUCGGGAUUUAUAUCGUGAUAUGGACAACAUUCAAAUGAUCGAUAUUCAAUAUUAUAAUCAAUUUAUGUUUUUAAAUUGUAAUGAAGAAGAAAGCGCUAUGACAAAUAUGAACAAGAAGGUUGGUUGCUACAUUGAGAGGUCAAAGGUAUCAGUACCAAUAUUGAAUAUUCUUUCUUCUGACGAGCAGUUUUUGUCACAAGGACCUAAUUCAGCGGAUAUUAUGCAUGCGCUAACCACUAAACUAGGCUCAGAUAUGUUCAACUUAGAACGAUUGGAAACUUUGGGCGAUUCUUACCUGAAGUUUAUUGUAUCGCUAUAUUUAUAUGACAGAUUCCCAAUGUAUAACGAGGGUCAAUUAACGGCAUUGAAGGGAAAAAUUAUUGGUAAUCGGAAUCUUUAUUAUUGCGGUAAAAAAAAAAAUAUUCCCGGGCGUAUAAAAAACGAUGCAUUCGUGCCCAUGAGCAACUUUAUCCCACCCGCGUUCACGGUGCUGCGCCCAUUGCAAGAGAUCUUGCUGAAUGAAUCAAUAGCCCCAAAUGUAUUAUACGAAUUUGAAAUACCGGAGCUGGAGAGAUACACCGGAUGCAUAAGCGAAGAUACGAGGACGAUAAUGCGAGAAACAGUGACGAACUGGGAUAAAGGAGAUAAGCAAACUGGCGUCGAACAUUAUCUCGGUGUACAGAUUUUAGCCGAUAAAACUGUGGCGGAUUCAGUGGAAGCGUUAAUCGGCGUUUAUCUCAGAAGUAACGGUAUAAGAGGCGCCUCAGAGCUGCUAAAAUGGUUCGGUAUACUGUCAGAUAUCAAGAUUGAUAAGUUACUGGAUAGCGAGCCACAGAAUCCUAUAAUAGGCGAUGGAAAUUUAAAUUAUCACAUGCCAUGGGCUGAUAACAUAGAAGCUCAGUUUGGUUAUAAAUUUAAGAAUCGAGGAUUUUUGUUACAGGCGUUCACACAUCCGUCUUACACAGCUAAUGGAUUAACUGAGUGUUAUCAAAGAUUAGAGUUUCUUGGAGAUGCUAUUCUUGAUUUUUUGAUAACGUGUUACAUUUACGAAAAAUGUGGCAACUUAAGUCCUGGUGAGCUCACCGAUCUAAGAUCCGCUCUUGUUAAUAAUAUAACUUUCGCUUGUUUGGCAGUACGAUAUGGUUUGCAUAUCGCUUUAUUAGCCUACGCUCCAAAAUUAGAUGAAAUCAUCGAUCGUUUUGUUAAAUUUCAAGAAGAUCGAGAUUAUGUUGUUAAUGAUGAGCUGCUAUAUGUGCUAAUUGAAGAAGAAGAGUGCAACCUAGUAGAAUAUGUGGACGUUCCAAAAGUUCUUGGUGAUCUAUUUGAAUCUUUAAUUGGUGCCAUUUAUCUUGAUAGUGGCAAAGACCUUGUAAAAAUCUGGGAAAUUAUCUAUACUCUUAUGCACAAAGAAAUCGACGAGUUUAGCAGGAGCAUACCUAAACAGCCAGUAAGAGUGAUAUAUGAACAUACAGACUUACGUCCCAAGUUUCUAGAAGCGACAUUGAUUAAAGGCACUGGUAGAGUUAUGAUACCUUUGAAAGUCACUAUCGCUGGUAAAGAGAAAUUCUUCCAUGGAUUUGGUAUAAACAAAAAACAGGCUAAAUGCGCAGCCGCAAAACAAGCAUUAAAAAGACUACAACUUGAAAAAUAAAGUUUUUUUUUUUUAGAGAUUGUUUCAUAUAACAUGUUUCUUUAUGCAUAUAUUUAUAAAUGUUAAUGUUUAUAGAUUUAUGAACUUCAAAACUGAUAUCAUUUCAUAAGUUAUAAGACUGAACGUUUUAAAUGUUCAGAUUAUAUAUAUUUAAUUCGUGCAAAAUGUUUAUAAAUUCUAUAAAAAUAAUUAAUCUGUAAAAUCCAUACAUUUUUUGUAUGCAAAAUGUAUAAAAAAUAUAUAGACUUUACAGAUUAAUCUUCUAUCGACUUUGAACUUUUGUAGACUUAAAUAUUAACUUUCUUUUUACAACUAUAUUUAAGUUCUAUUCUUAUACAAUACAUAUAAAUUGAAAAAAUUAUAUUAAGAUUUCAAGUUAAUAAAUUUUGCUUUUUGCACCAAUCAGAGAUUAUCAAUAUGUUAAAAACAUAAGAUUUGUAUUAUAAGAAUAUAUUUAAACUAUAUUACAGAUUAUCAAUAUUUUUAUAUUAAUAUUUUUUCUACUAUAGCUAUUUUUUUCUCUAAUUUCUAGUUGAUGCAUUUUUAUAUGCAAAUAUAAUUUAUAUGCAAAUGCAUUUGUUCCUAUACGUCUGAGAUAAAAGAAGAGAUAUGAAUAUUUCUUUCAUAAUAAAAGUUACAUACUAGACACGUUAAGUUCACAUUUAUACCACUUUACUAUUUUGUAUGCAUGUGAUUCCAUUUAAAAGAAUAAGCCAAUAAUGUGAUACAAACAGGUUCUAAUUGUAUGUCAAUAGAUGCAUGCAUGUCAUAUAAAUUAUAUAUAUUUAUCGAGUGAUGGAAGAUUUAAAUUUAUACGUUUUUUGAUGUUAUAAUACAAUGUUAUGUAAUUACUACAUUUCAAAAAAGAAAUAAAAAGAUAACAAAA